CAAACUUGGAAGCAUAAUGAGCACAAAGGUUUUGGUAGUAUUUAAACCCGGUCCCAUUGAUAAAAUGAGCACAGCUCCCAUCCUAACUAUGAGUAUACUCAAUGAGGAAAAAAUUGAAACCACUUCUUCUUUAGCUAAAGCUGACGACAUAAUUGAUUCCAAAGCUGACGACAUAAUUGAUUCCAAAGCUGACGUUGAUGCCAAAAUUGACGCCAAAAAUUCUGAUCAAAAAGAUCACAAAAGGGAAGAAAGUCCAAUUUCUCACGAUGUCAUUAAUGGAGAUGUCAAUAGGGAAAUGAUAGACCCUUCGGAGGACAGGAAGGAAAGAAGCAUGCAGAGCGAUAGUUUUGUUGUUAAAAGAGGGUUCGAUUGCGAGAUUGAUACGGAUUGUGUACUACAUAGCGAAAACGCCAGAUGUCACAAAAACCAAUGCGAAUGUCUCUCCGGGGAACUUAUGACCAGGUACACUAGAUGUUCCAGGGUUAAAAAGGCCGCAAAAAGCCUGGGCGAGAAAUUGUCCCAGAACGGGCCUUUUAUAAUAGGGAUGGUGAUUAUGACAUUUUUCACCGUGUUCGGCAUAUCUCUCGUCAUAUCUCAAGUUUUGAAGAAGCGGAUCGUUUCAAUAGAUAACCCUGUGGUUACGAGUGUUAAUGCUAAGGAUCGCACCACGCUAGCACCUGGUAAAACAAAAACAAUUCCUUCUGCGGUCAACAUAAGAACGAAAUAAUAGAACUAUCCUUUCAAAGAAAAAGACGAAGUUCAACCAAAUAGG